AUGGGAUGGCUGGAUAGGCCUGAGCGACAAAUGAAGGGGUUUAGGGAUGCUUUGGGUUAUUGUCACUUAAAGGACCUUGGUUUCAAUGGAUUUCCCUACACUUGGUGUAACCGUAGGCCUGGGGCUCAGAAUACAUGGAUUCGCCUCGACAGAGGGGUGGCAACUAUUGAUUGGAUUCUUCGCUUUCCGGCAACCCAGAUCCACCAUUUAGAAGCCUUCCACUCUGAUCAUAAACCGUUGCUAUUAUGUUCGGAUUUUGAAUUUAAGAGGUUUUACAGGAAAGGGAGACCCUUUCGCUUCAAAGCUAUGUGGUUAAAAGAUAACACUUGUGAAGAGGUGAUAAAAAAGUCAUGGGGUGAUCGUAUGGUGUCCUUUGAGGUGUGGGGUUUUAAUAGGAAGAUUUUGGGCUGCCAAGAGGAUUUGUUAGAGUGGAAUAAAAAAUUCUUUGGGCAUUUCCGAAAUACUCUUGCAAGGAAGCUUCGAGAACUGAAUCAUGCUGAGGAGGCGGGUUGCUAUGUCACAGAUCCGGGGCGGAUUGAUAAAUUACGAGAUGAGAUUCAAAAGCUUAAAAUCCGAGAAGCAAGUAUGUGGAAGCAGCGGUCCCGCAAUUCAUGA